GCGCUGCGAUUGAUUACUCUUGCAGUAACUUGAAAAUUCCCUAGUCGACAACCAAUCGGUGAACUCGUCGGGCGACCAAUGAACUGUCAUCUUGGACGUAGAAAUCAACGAAUCGGAAGCCGUGUUGCGAUGCUUUCGAGAAAGAUAAUACAUACCUACUAACCUCUAUUUUCUAACCUUCGAGCUUCGAGUUCACGAGGACUUUUCGCGAAUACGGAUACAGAUUAAAUCUUUCAGAAAAUGAAUAUUGCAUCUUGUAGAGCAUGCUUAAGGGGGGCCACGAGAUCGACGAGAAACCUGAGAAAUGGCUCGAGGGAACGUUUGUCCUUGUGUACGCUUCAACCGACAUCGGCGGAAAUGCUCAACGUACAAAUGCAGCUCAUUCGACUGUACUCGAAUCCACGUCGACCAAGCUUCUGGUCUCAGUUCAUCGAGAAUAUCAAACAAGAAAUGCAGAAGAACAAAAAAAUGAAGGAAUCUGUACAAAAAUUCAGAGAGGAGACUCAGAAAUUUGAACAAUCGGAUGCUUUGCGAACAGCGCGACAAAAAUUCCAUGCUGUCGAAUCUGAAGCUAACAAAGGUUCGGAAGUUAUUAAGGAAAAGCUAGAUACGAUUAAAGAGAAGAUGCAAGAAGUUAUCGAAGAAGCAAGUAAGACUGAAUUGGGCAAACGUGCGGGCCAGUUGGGCGAAGAGAUCACAAAAUCUGCCAAAGGUGCAGCAGAAACAAUUUCUGAAAAGAGUCAAGCACUUGGUAAGACAGGGGCAUUUCAAACGAUAUCGGACACCGCGGAAGCCGUACGAAAUGAACUUGACCAACAUGGAAUUCUAGGCAAAGUUUACGUUCCACCUAAAAAGCUACGAAAGAGGAAAGAAGUUUCGAUAGAACCUAGAGAAAUUAUGCCUGAUAAAGAAUCAACUGGUGUAGAGAUACACAAGGACUUUAUGUUUUCCCAUGCCUGGCAAAAAUUUAAGGAUAAUAAUCCAUACGUGAAUAAAGUAAUGGACUGGAAAAUGAAAUACGACGAGUCGGAUAAUGCUGUGUUACGCGCUUCCAAAUUGCUUACGGAUAAGGUUUCGGACAUUGUGGGAGGGUUGUUCCAAAAGACCGAGUUAUCGGAGACUCUGACAGAGAUCUGUAAACUGGAUCCCAGUUUUAGUAAAAUACAGUUCCUAAAGGAUUGCGAGACCGAUUUCAUUCCGAAUAUUCUCGAAGCGAUGAUUAAAGGCGAUCUCGAGAUUCUGAAGGACUGGUGUCACGAAGGCCCUUACAACAUAAUUGCACAACCGCAUAAGGAAGUGAAGAAGCUAGGACAUUACUCGGAUAGUAAAAUUCUAGAUAUCGACAAUGUGGAUCUAAUGAUGGGCAAGAUGAUGGACCAGGGACCGGUUUUAAUCAUUAGUUUUCAAUCUCAACAAAUCAUGUGUGUGAGAAACUCGAAGAACGAGGUGAUCGAGGGAGACCCGCAGAAAGUGAUGCGCGUCAAUUAUGUCUGGGUAAUGUGUCGUGAUCGGACGGAACUCAACUCCAAGGCCGCGUGGCGUUUGCUCGACCUUAGUGCUACUAGUUCGGAACAGUUGGUAUAGUGUGUGAUAAGGCAGAACGGAAAGCAACAUGAACGUAUGAAUUGCUCGAAAAAGGAUUCACUACGAUCAAAGUGGAAUCGUCGUAUGCUGUACAUUGUUACUGUCGUUUCGUAUUGAAAUGAGUGGUCGAACGUGAUAGAAAUUCCUUAGCGAUCGCAUUAAGCAAUCUCAGCGAUUUAACCAAUCUAUGUAGAGCGCAAUUUAUUUCUUAUAAAUCGGAAUGUUGAUUUAUAUGAUAAGAUUCUAGCAACGUGACGCGUGUAAAUUUUAAUUUUGCUGGUGAUGUAAGUACAUGUGCAUUGUUGAGUUAUUGAAAAUAAUAUAUUUAUAAAUCGAAAUCACACAUCGUCCAAGCCGCGAUUAUGCUAAUUUACUAUUAUUUAAAAAUAGCCAUAAUUAAAGUACCCUCAAUUAAAACAUGACUAUUGUACAUGGAACAAGUGUUUAACGAUAAUUAUUCGAUUGCAUUUUUAUAAUUAACAGUUCAUAUUUUAUGUUUAGUGAAAUUUUCAAGCCCGCCUACAUUUCCAUUUUUCUCUUUACAUAACUUUGAUUAUAGAAGGUUAAAUGAUACAAUAUGAAAGAAUUUAUAUUAUUGCAGAUUCAAAAUAUUAACUUUUAAAUGAUAUGUGCAAGUGGAGCUUGUUUGUAACUUGCUCUAUGUCAGAUGUGCAUAAAUUUUAAAUCAAGCAUAUUGAUCACAUAGUUGACAAAAACAAAUCAUGCUUCAACUCUUUCUUGAUACUAAAACAAAAAUUUAUAUUUUAUUGAUAGAAAGAAUAAAAUUUUAUCUUUUUAAUGCUGAAAUCAUUAAUGCAAAAGAACAACUGCAGAUAUAUUCUCGUAAGAUUGUGAUCAACUCUAUAUUUUAUAAACUUUUUAAUUUUAAUAUUAGAAUAUUAGUUACAUAUUCUGGAAUAUUAAAAUAAAAAAUUUAUAAAAAGUAGUUGAUUAGUUUGUCUUCUGAAAGGCUUAUAUAUGAAUUAAUGAUUCUGAAAUAAAAAAAUUUUUGUUCUAUCUUUGAUAUGAUAUAAAUCUGUAUAGUAUGAAUGAAUGCAAUGGAAUAUAUAUAUAUAUAUGAUCUGAUAUAUAUAUAUAUAUAUAUAUCAGAUAUGGAAAUAUAUUCAAAUACCAAACAUUUGUUAAUGAAGCUUUUUGUACAUAUGUGAGUACACAUAUACACUUAUGCAUACAUUAUAUGUAUAUAUGUACAAGCUAAUAUUGUAAUGUACAGUGAUGAGAAAUUGUUAAGAGAACUGUUGAUCAUUUUUUAAAAGCUAUAUUAUACAAGUUUAUAGAGCUCAGAUCAGUUGGAAUUGAAAUAAAAUAAAAUAACAUCCAGCGAACACAA